AUGCUCCGACAGCCAAACCCGAGACUAUGCAGACAGUUCCAUGCCACGAGAACAGCAGCAAUCGCCUCGAGAAGAGGCCCCGUAGGCCCACCCAAGACCAAGGAUCGCGGCCCGGAGAGCAAAGAAGACACACAAACAGACUUUGCCGCCAUGAACGUCCUUGGAAACACACCCGCCCCGACCACUGCCAUCGACGCUUGCGCACACGACGGUUUCGCCCUCAACUCGGGCCUCAAGAUCGCCGGCUCGGGAGUUCUGCUCGUCGGCGGCGAUGCUUUCAACUGGAAGCCCUGGAUCAGAGAGGGGAGGAAGGAGGGUACCAUUGGCGAAGGCGCAACGGGCGACGACAACAAGGGCGUUUCAAGCGUCGGAGGUACUCUGCGUAACACAAAGGGUCAGUGGGAGGUGGCCGAACACAGCUGGGGUCUCCUCGAUGCCGUGUGGCCCAAGCCGGAUCUUCUCAUCCUGGGAACUGGUCCCUCGAUUCUGCCCGUGUCGCCAGAGACACGAAAGCACAUCAGUGAUCUGGGCAUUCGCCUCGAGGUUGCAGACACGCGUAAUGCUGCCUCUCAGUUCAACCUUCUGGCCACCGAACGUGGUGUCCAACAGGUCGCUGCGGCUUUGAUACCCAUUGGUUGGAAGGAGGGCACAUAUUGA